CGUAGCAUUCCCCUUGAAAAAGUUCAUAUCUCAUCCACAGGUCAAAUAUUAAAUCACAAGCAUACCUCAUCGCCCUUCUAUUCCCUUGUCUAUCCCUCACUCAUUUCCAGCUAUAGUUUCUGUUCUACCUGGUCUUGCUAGUACAGCAAAGUUUGAGACUUGAAGAAUAUGGCUUUCUCCUUUAUCUGCGUUUUUCUUGCCAUGUUUCUUCCUCUUGAAUCUGUCUCUGCCGAGUCAUUAGACGACAUCUUGGCUCCUGUUUUCUCUCCAAUCAUGGAUGAUGUCUGCAAAGACAUAGAAUGUGGUGAAGGGACUUGCAAGCCUUCAAGCAGUAGCACCUUCUUUUUCGAAUGUCAAUGUGAUUCUGGGUGGAAGCAGACUACUGAGAACAGUACUGAUCACUUCAAGUUUCUACCUUGUGUGAUUCCCAACUGUAACCUGGAUUAUUCCUGUGAAAAAGCACCAGCCCCAAUUCCAGAUAAAUCGAAGAAGGCCAACACAUCAAUUUUUGAUCCAUGCUAUUGGAUGGACUGUGGAGGUGGAACUUGCAACAAGACAUCAAAAUUGUCAUACAAUUGUGAAUGUGGAGAAGGUUAUUAUAAUCUGCUCAAUAUGACUACCCUCCCUUGCCUUAAAGAAUGUUCAAUUGGAGUCGAUUGUGCAAACCUUGGGAUUUCGGUGUCAAAUAAAUGUACUAGUCCUCCAACUCCUGCAUUGGCUGACAGCGGUAGCUUGACCACACAUGCAAACUCAAUUACGUUGGUGGCCCUAAUAAUUUUGGUUCUUAUGCUUUCAUGGGAUAUGGAAUUAGUCAGUCUUUCUUCUAAUGCGAGAAAACCAAAUCGGGUUCUACUCGGUUACUGGGCAGGAAAAGAGGAAGAGGGUCUCGGACGCUCCUCCGUCAACCUAAAGCGAUCAAGAGCCGCCGAUCAAAUUUGGCUAUCACCAUUCAUUAUAUGUUUUAGAGUUCAGGAGUUUGAUAUUCUGAUAUUUAGAGAUGAGUCCAGUAAGGAUAUUAGAGGCUUCAAUCCACAGAACAUGUCGGAGUUUGAGCAUAGUAGUGCUCAAUUGCAUAACCUUGAUUGA